UAUAUGGUUGACUAUUUCAUUUCAUUAGAACAGAAAACACAAACAAACAGCUUUUUAAACUACCCCCAAAAUUAAACAAAACACCCCCAAACCCUCUAAUAUCCAAUGGACGGCGGUGUAGCGGCGGAGCAAGGGACGGUUACUUGUGCCACGUGGAUCCGGCGGCCGGAAAAUGCUCAUCUUGUUGCGUUAGGGAAGUCGAAACACGGCGAUCUUCCUGCUUCUCUUCAAAUUUUCACAUUCGACCGGAUAACUAACUCUCUCUCUCCAUCUCCUUCGGCGACUUUUGAGUUUGAAGACGGUUGUGAUCCGGUGAGUCUAGCGGUGCAUCCGAGUGGUGAUGAUAUUGUGUGCUCUACGACUAAAGGCGGUUGCAGGUUGUUUGAAAUAUAUGGUCAAGAGAAGAAUGUUAAGAUGUUGACUAAAGACCUACAACCUCUUCAAAAUGUAGGACCACAAAAGUGCUUAGCUUUUAGCACUGACGGAUCUAGAUUUGCUGCCGGAGGGGUGGACGGGCAUCUCAGAAUACACGAGUGGCCAAGCAUGCGUGUUAUAGUAGAUGAACCAAAAGCUCACAAGUCUUUCAACGAUAUGGAUUUCAGCCUAGACUCAGAGUUCUUAGCUUCAACAUCUACCGAUGGCUCCGCUAGGAUCUGGAAUGCAAACGAUGGUGUUCCAGUCAACUCCUUGACUCGAGAUUCGGAUGAGAAAAUUGAGCUAUGUCGAUUUUCUAAAGAUGGAACAAAACCAUUUUUGUUUUGCACUGUCCAGAAAGGCAAUAGAUCAAUCACAGUUGUCUGGGACAUCAGUACGUGGGACAGAAUCGGGUUCAAAAGACUUCUUAAAAAGCCUGCAUGUGUAAUGUCAAUCAGCUUGGAUGGCAAAUAUUUAGCUCAGGGAAGUAAAGACGGCGAUGUAUGUGUAGUAACAGUUAAAAAGAUGGAGGUUUCUCACUGGAGUAAGAGACUUCAUUUAGGCUUUCCGGUCACCUCUUUGGAUUUCUGUCCCAGUGAAAGGGUUAUUCUUUCGACUUCUAAUGAAUGGGGAGCUAUGAUAACUAAGUUAAAUGUUCCUGCAGAUUGGAAAGAAUGGCAGAUAUAUCUGUUGCUUCUAGGACUUUUUUUGGCAUCUGCAGUCUUGUUCUAUAUAUUCUUUGAGACUUCCGAUUUAUUUUGGAAUUUCCCACUCGAAAAAGACCAAACUACACGACCAAAACUAGGUUCUUUUCUAGGAGAUCCUCAAUCUGAUGACAAGAACAUGUGGGGCCCUGUAGACAUGUAAACAUGGGCCCAUGAAGCAAAUUUUCAACAACUCGCAACUGUUUGUUUCUCAGGUAUCUCUCACUCUCAUAGAACUCGUGCACACUUGGUAAACCAUAUGCCAACGUUGUUCUUGUUGGUCAGACUGGUUGUUCUUACUUGAAAUUUGUAAUAGAAAAGGACUAGUAACCGAUGACACCCCCUAUGACAAUUCAUGUUUUGAUUGUAGUAUUCUUAAUUUGUUUUUUAUAUCUAUAAAGUACAAGCUUGAGCCUAUGUGAUUAAAUUUA